AUGGCGUUCCGGCUACCGCGUGUGUUCGCUCUGGCGGGUCUAUCGCUAUCGCUAUCAUGCGUUGUUUCAGCCUCCGCCUCCAACGGCUACUCAUCUGCCGACAUGAUGCAGGCGCAAAUGGCCUUAAUGGCAGGCCGGCCGAAGGACUGCCCUCCAUGCUUUAACUGCAACCUCCCCAUCAACACAUGCGGCCAAUUCGCCCCGUGCAACGGUUACGACGGCAAAUGCGACUGCCCCGCGGGGUUUGGCGGCGAUAACUGUCUAGAGCCUCUAUGCGGAUCCCUAUCCCGAGGCCAAAACCGCCCAGCGCGACAGGGCAACUCCUGCAAAUGCGACGAAGGAUGGACGGGCAUCAACUGCAACAUGUGCACAAGCGACCGAGCAUGCGAUGCCAUGACCGAGACAGGCGACGGCGGCGUCUGCUACACUGGCGGCGAGGUGGUGAAGCGGAAUUACCAGAUGUGCGAUGUCACGAAUAGGGCCAUCCGGGGACUCCUCGGCGCCCAGGUACCCCAGGUCACUUUCACUUGCGAAAAGGAGUCAGGGCAAUGCGACUUUCAGUUCUGGGUCGAUGAGCAGGAGUCCUUCAUGUGCCACCUGAACGAAUGCCAGUCGAGCGCCGAUUUCGACUACUCCGGAGGCAAAAACUCAACAUCCUACAAGUGCGAGGAGGUCCGCUGCGAGUGCAUCCCCGACCGCAUGCUGUGCGGCGCGAACGACUCGGUCGAUCUCACCGAGUUCCUCGUCAAGGUGAUCCGCGGCCCUGCGAAGUUCGAGUGUACACAGCAAGCUGGGGAACCGAAGAAAUGCGCGUUCGAAGAGCCGGAGAUGAACAAGUUGAUCAGCGACAUGUUCGGCGACACCAGCAUCCUGCUGACCUGUGGUGCCGGAGAGUGUUUGUACCACACCGAAGUUCCCGGAUUCGCGCCCGACGUCCCCAAGAUCAACACGCCACUGAUCGCGGGAGUGAUUGCCGGGUGCUCGCUCUUCUUGGUGGCCGUCAUCCUCGGAACUUGGUACUUGUCCCGGAGGCAGUUCAAGUAUGGCCCCAUCCACCUGGACGACUCGGACGACGAAGCGAUCAAGCUCAUGGCGGACCAUAAGCCGGCAUCCCUGUACUUCCAAAACGUCCGCUACAACCUCAACGGCAAGGAAAUCCUGUCGGGUAUCCAGGGCAUGGCGCACCCCGGUGAACUUACUGCCAUCAUGGGCGCAUCUGGUGCGGGCAAGACGACCUUCCUGGAUAUUCUUGCUCGCAAGAACAAGCGCGGUCAGGUCUCUGGAGAAUUCUAUGUCAACGGCGAGAAGGUCAGCGACACGGAUUACAAAAAUGCCACUGGCUUCGUCGACCAGGAAGAUACGAUGCUCCCCACCUUGACAGUCCACGAGACCAUCCUCACCAGCGCUCUUCUUCGCCUACCACGGGACAUGACGCGGGCGGCAAAGGAGCAACGAGUCUUUGAAGUCGAGAAGCAGCUAGGUAUCUACCACAUCCGAGACUCAUUGAUCGGAUCCGAAGAGGGCAAGGGACGUGGCAUUUCGGGAGGUGAGAAGCGCCGUGUCAGCAUUGCUUGCGAACUCGUCACCAGCCCCUCCAUCCUCUUCCUCGACGAACCCACGAGCGGCCUCGAUGCGUACAACGCCUACAAUGUCAUUGAAUGUCUCGUCACGCUGGCCAAGACCUACAAGCGCACCGUCAUCUUCACGAUUCAUCAGCCCAGAUCUAAUAUCGUUGCGCUCUUCGACCGCCUUGUCCUGCUGGCUCAGGGAAAGACUGUCUAUUCCGGCCCGUUGCAUCAAUGCCAGGAUUACUUCGACCAUAUCGGAUACAGCUGCCCUCCCGGUUUUAAUAUUGCGGACUACCUCGUCGACUUAACCAUGCAUGCUAGCUCCACCACUUCUUUCGACGACGGCACCCUCACGGCAGACGUGGCGAGCGUUGGUCCUAGCAGCACCAGGGCGGUCAAGUCGAUUGCGAGCAUUUCUGGUGUCAGUGUCGGAGACGACAGCACGAUUGAAGCACCGUCCUCUUCUCGCCCGAAGAGUAGGCGUCGGGACUCUGUGCGAACCAAGCAGGAGAGAGAGCUCUACACUCGCCGCAAGCAACCGGUAGAUACUGCCGCCUCCUCGGAUGCUGGUGACGAGCUUGGGGCUUACAAACUGCAACAGACCCCCCAUCGCGUUCCACCGCACAACCAAGACGAGCACGACGACCUGCCUCCUCCCGCUCCCACGGGCACCGACCUCGAUAUCCUCGUGCACUCUUACAUCCAGUCCGAUAUCGCCGGCAACACGCACGACGAGAUUCAACAAGCCAUCACGGCAGCAACCAACAGCAACGGCCAAAAUUCUAACGGAUACGCCGCCGACGGCCCCAACGCCAACCUCGGUGCCAUGGGCAGAGGGUACGCGCGCGUCGGCUACUGGAGGCAGUUCGCCCUGCUCUCCCAGCGAACCUGGCGCAACCUGUACCGCAACCCGAUGCUGAUGUUGACGCACUACGCCAUCGCUAUCCUAUUGGCCGUCUUCGCCGGCUACCUGUUUUAUGGCCUGUCCAUGGAUAUUGCUGGCUUCCAGAACCGCCUCGGCCUCUUCUUCUUCGUCCUCGCCCUCUUCGGCUUCAGCACCCUAACAACCCUCUCCGUCUUCUCCCAGGAGCGCCUGCUCUUCGUCCGCGAGCGCGCCAACGGCUAUUACUCGCCCGUCACGUACUUUGCGGCGAAGGUGCUGUUCGACAUUGUGCCGUUGCGCAUCAUCCCGCCGAUCCUGCUCGGGGCCAUCGUCUACCCCAUGACAGGCCUCGUGCCGGAGGCGGACAAGUUCUUGGUCUUCAUGCUCGUGCUCGUGCUGUUCAACCUCGCCGCCGCCGCCAUCUGCCUCUUCAUCGGCAUCGUCUGCAAGGACGGUGGCGUCGCCAAUCUCAUCGGGAGCCUGGUCAUGCUGUUCAGCUUGCUCUUUGCCGGCUUGCUGCUCAACCACAACGCCAUCCCGCCCGCCGCGCGCUGGCUGCAGUGGCUGUCCAUCUUCCAUUAUGGUUUUGAGGCCCUCAUUGUCAAUGAGGUCACCCAGCUGACCCUGAUCGAUCACAAGAUCGGCAUUGAUAUCACCGUGCCCGGUGCGGCCAUCCUCAGCUCAUUUGGCUUUGAUAACCAGGCGAUGUGGCCGGAUAUCCUCAACCUGGGAAUCUUUGGGGCUGUGUUUAUUGUGCUGGCCUAUGGCGCGAUGCAUGUAUUGCUUGUCGAGAGGCGCUGA